ACUCGCUCGUCAUCGUAUUCAUUUUUGAUCGAGCGGAGUUAGAGAGAGAGAGAGUCUCAGAGAGAUCUUCGUCUCUAUCAUAUCGUUGAGCCUGACGCUUGUUGGAGCGUAGCGAGAGAGAGAGAGAGAGAGAGAGAGAGAGAGAGAAGAGAGAAGGAGCGAUGGAGCACUCGUUCUCAGGGGGGAGCUGGAACGUGAUCCCGAGCAUGGCGUCCCACAGCAACGUCUCCACCCCCUCGAGCCACGACCAUCUCUAUCUCCAGCAACAACCCCCCGACCUCCUCUCCCCGCCGCAGCAGCAACAGCAGCAGCAGCAACCGCAGCAACCCUUCCACCAAUUUCAAACUCAGCUCCCCCAAUUCCAACAGCACCAGCAGUUCCAGCAGCAGCAGCAGCAGCAGCAGCCGCAGCGUCUUGUUCAGCAGCAGCCGCAGCCGCCGCCGCCGCCGCCGCAGCAACACCAGUCUCUCGCUUCUCACUUCCACCUCUUACACUUGAUGGAGAGUUUGGCGGAUGCCGUCGAGAACGGGACGCGCGACCAGCACUCUGAUUCCUUGGUCACCGAACUGAGCACUCAGUUUGAGAAGUGCCAGCAGCUGUUGAACUCGAUAGCUGGGUCCAUUAACUCCAAAGCUGUGACAGUUGAGGGGCAGAAACGUAAGCUGGAGGAAGCUGGGCAAAUGCUAAACCAAAGGAGGGAUCUGAUUGCCAGUUACAGAAAUUCAGUUGAGGAACUGAUAAAGUCUGAGCCUUAAAUGCUCAUUUCCAUACCUAGAUUCACAGAGAAGAAUGUUAAAGUUUCACGGUUGGGUUAGAAGGGAAAUUUGGAGAUGGUAUAAAUUUGGGGAUGUUAUGUUGGUCGAAAGCAAGCAACAUUGUGCCACAUGAUCAUAUUUCAGUGCAAGGCAAUCUUCUUGUGGAGAUUUCAAUCGGACUUUGUUGGUUUGUCAUCCGAUUGUGGUGUCAAGAUAAUCUCGCUCUUGUUUUCAACAUGGGGGCUUAAUUUAAAUGAUACGCGAAGUCCACGUA